AUGUCAGAACCCCUGGAGCCGUUUCCAACGUCAAUUCAGAUACUCGAGCCAGGAGAUCCACCUUCGUCCGCUUCUACAUCCUCGAGUCCUGCGCCGGCUCUUCCACAUUGGCAAGCAUCGUCCGAAGAUCGAGACCAGAAAAGCUUCAGACCAAGAUCGCUAAGUCAUCAUCUACACCCUUCACACCCUGCACCCCCAAGAUGGUGGCUACGUGCGCAAGCAACGUUUUGGCGCACCCUCAUGUCGUGCAGCAUGUUCCUCCAUGACUGGGCGCCCCCUCGGCCUCCAGUCCCUGCCUUUACACGCUCGAUAUCUACCGAGUACGAUCAUCCACGUUCACCACCAAUCCUAUUAUUCUUCUACGUUCCGCCAGACUACUUCACCAGAACAAGAGAUGGGCACCGAUAUCCCGUAGUGAUAAACUUCCAUGGCGGUGGCUUUUCUCUAGGCAACGCCACAGAUGACAGAUACUGGGCCAAUGUCGUUCUGCAAACAGUGGAUGCGGUUGUGGUCUCGGUAGAUUAUCGCCGAGCCCCAGAAUUUCCUUUCCCCACUCCAGUCGAUGAUAGUGUGGAUGCUGUGCUCUAUCUCGCUGCGCACGCUGAGGAACUUGGAUUGGAUUCAACCAAAGUCGCACUCUCCGGCUUCAGUGCAGGUGCUAACCUCGCUUUUUCCGUGCCUCUGCGACUCAACUUCCAUACCCGAAAAGGUCUCAUGAGCAGCGAGGACCUGAAUCUGCCACGUUGGCCAUCAACCCAAAAGCUAAUGGAAUCAGCCACCAACCUCAAAAUCGUUAACAUCGUCGCCUUCUAUCCCCUCCUCGACUGGUCCUUGUCCCGCGAUUCCAAACGCCGAACCAGCCGCAAACCCGAAAAAACUCUCCCUAAAUUCUUCGCGGACCUUUUCGAUUACUCCUACCUGCCACCACCGGACACUAUGCUCCAUGCCUCCCCCUUCGUCUCACCCGGUCUGGCGCCAGACUACAUGCUCACUGAGGGCCUUCCCCACGAUAUCCAGAUCUUUCUCUGUGAGUGGGAUAUGCUGCUGAAGGAGGGUGAGAUAUUCGCCAGGAGGCUAGAGAGGUUGGGCAAAAAUGUCAUAGCAACUUUGAUACCGGAGGUGGUGCAUGGUUGGGACAAACAUCCUGAUCCGUGGCGGGAUCAGAAAGCUAUUGAUGCGUUUUACGCUAAGGCGUGUGACGGACUUCGAGAAAGCUUUGGCAUUGAAGGAGAAGACAAAGGAGACAAGAAGGAGGAUUCAUACGAUGAGGAUAAACAUUUGAGCAGCGCAUGA